AUGGCCCCUGGUACAAUCAUCGACCAGACCCCUGCAGACCGCUUGUCUUCGAACAAGGGCGCUGCUUACGCCGAGUCCGACAGUACCACGGAACUGAAUGCUGAUAGCGACACUAGCGUUUCUGAGACCGGAGGCCGGACUGCUUCUAGAAUCAAGAUGUCUCGGUCCAAGUCAACCAAAGACCAACUGAAUGGCCUGUUCGAAGAAAAUAUUACGGCCAAGAUCUUCAAAACGGCAACGGGUUCUCUGGUCAACAAUAAUCCCCCAACAGCAUACCCCGAGUAUGUGCUCCAGACGGGCCCCGAAGCGGGGAAAUACCACCUGCGAGAGGCGUCCUUUUGGACAUGCGGUUUCUUCCCUGGGAGCAUUUACUCCCUCAUCGAGAGACUAGUCAAGUUCCCUCAAACGAUGCCAGGUGGUACCGAGAAGGCUGCGUUGCUCUCAGAACUUUGGUCACUCGGCGCCGCAUGGUCAGAACCGCUCCACGAGACGGCAAAGCGAACAGACACCCAUGACAUGUCUUUCAUGAUUCAGCCAUCAAUGAGAGUAAGAUGGGAGGUUGCACAAGACAAGCAAGCUUUGAAGUCCAUCAUCACUGCCGCGAAAGCUCUUCACACCCGGUACAACGACACCGUUGGAGCGAUGCGGUCGUGGGACGCUCUGACCCAACAUGGUGUUACCAUCACAAGUUUGACUGAUGACUUUCUGGUUAUCAUCGACUCAAUGUGCAACCUCGAUCUGUUGUACUACGCAGCAUCUCAUACAGGUGAAACCUAUCUGUGGGACGCGGCGACUAAGCAUGCGAAAACACUGAUCAAGUCGAACCUGCGAACGGAAAAGGAUCCCAGAGGCCUUGUUACUGGCCCAUUCUACAGUACCAUUCAUGUCAUUAACUUCGAUCCCAACAACGGCGAAAUCAAGGAAAGACGCACCGGCCAAGGAUACAAGGCCGAGUCCACUUGGGCGAGAGGGCAGGCAUGGGCCAUCUUGGGCUACGCCCAGACUUUCCUGUGGACUGGCGACAAGGAAUUCCUGGACGUUGCUCUCGGAUUGGCUGAGUACUUCAUCUUCCGUCUUGAGAAUUCGCCAAAGUCGGUCGAGUUUCCCGUUGAGGGAGAAAACCGCACAAAGGGCCGCUACGUCCCCCUCUGGGAUUUUGAUGCACCCAUUGAGGAUGAGGCCAAUCCCUUGAGAGACUCUUCGGCCGGCGUUAUUGCUGCCAACGGCAUGCUCGUUCUCUCUCAAGCUCUGGCAGGCCAGGGCCUCAACGAAGAGAGUGUAAAAUGGCGAGGCAUGGCUACUCUCAUUAUUAAGGAUACCCUAGACUUCUCGCUGGCCGCUGAGAAGGCGAAGUUUGUUUUCGAAAAUGGCAAGAUCACGACCAUUGACACGGAAGAGGGCAAGACCUUUGAGGCCAUUCUGAAGAAUGCGACGGCGAACCACAAUGCACGGGACCACAAGAGAUACUGGGACCAUGGGUUGGUAUAUGGCGACUACUAUCUUAUUGAAUUCGGUAACAGAUUGCUGAAGAUGGGACUGGUCUGA